AAGACUCACAUGGACCCCAGUCAUGGGUGCGGCUAAAAAUGUCAGACCCCCUUGACAACAGUUCAACAACAGUUCUGACACAUUAAAUAUCUACAAUCGGUGUCAUGUUCCAGUCCAGCUGGAUCAUUAAGGGACCAAGCCACAGCCACACCCGGUGGUACACACAAUUUCCCAGUAGCCUAUAAAAGACUCAGUGCAUGAUGGUAAAGGUUUUAAGACAGACAAAGGAGAAUUUACUAUGGAGAAAAAUGGGAGAAAUUUCUCUGAGGAUUCAGGAUUGCUAAAUCAGCACAGCACCAGAGAACACAAAUUUACAGAUCAUUUACAGCCUACAGGAAAGGUGCAGAUCACUGGAGACAUUUUUCAGUUCACUCUUGAUGUGAGUGAAUUUUCUCCAGAGGAUGUCAUCAUUACAUCCUCCAACAACCUAAUAGAGGUGCAUGCAGAGAAGCUGGGUGAAGAUGGAACAGUCACAAAUACUUUUUCCCACCAGUGCAAACUGCCAUCUGAUGUGGACCCCAUAUCUUUGAGCAUGUCCAUGGCGAGCGGUGGGCUCCUGACUGUCAGGGCUCACAGAGUGUGUUAGUGUAUAAUUUCUGUGCAUUUCAAUUAAAACACAUCAAGCCUCGUUUUAUUUGAACUGUCUUCUUUGCUCCGUUGUAUUUUGCCUGCUGUAACCUCAACAUUAAGUGACUUACAAAUAGAGUUCGAUGGAGUUUAGCGACCUCAAGUGUCCGG